UGAGGUCCGGUUUGGAUCCGAGUCUGCUAUCCAUGACAUUUUCUCGGGACUCGGAUCCAUCCAUAUAAGUAACCCUCAAUCUACGGUAAAAGGUAAACCCGCAACUAAGAGCUCCUUUACUCCGGUCUCAGCUUUCAGCCGCCUGAGUUUGCGACAUAGUGACCGGAAUCGGCCGUCGACGAUGCGUAGAGUCCCCGGGACUUUUCCUUUGACGACGAAUUACUCGUACUGAAGAGAAAAUGCUUGCCAGUUUGUCUCGUCUUCGGCGCAGUAUUCACCGGACUGCACCUGAUUCCCAUGGCCAUUUCAAGUGUUAGGAGGGUUGCACAAUCCCUUUACCCGAAUGUGAGGACUUGGAGUCUCGAGAUAAAUCAUUGUCGGAAAUCAGCUCCUAUUGGACUCUGUCACAGAAGCAGAUUCUACUCACACUGCAAUGUCCGAUGUGGAGGGUUUUCUUCACACAUAUUACGUGAAGUUAAGGAGAUAUUUCAAAAGAGUAAAGGGUGUAAAAGUAUCCACUCGUCAUAUACAAGUUAUGGACUUUCAUAUCGUGCCCAAAUUGCAUGGAGAAAGCUUUUCGAAAUAUAUUCCUAUAAUGGACCAAUUUUGCCGCCCAUAAGUAGGAUAGCAUGUGCAGUGAGCCUCGCUUUGUCUCGGUCACACCUACUAACACCUGGGAUUCUGGCCUUCAUUAUUGGAGAGUUGGCAUGGAGCCAAAGAAGUUUGGCACAUGCAGAAUACCUACCCAUAAAAGAUACUCUCUACAUGCAUGCACAAGAUGGGCAUGUUUAUAUGGCUUCACUUAUCUUUUCUCUUUUAGAGGGGCUGAUACUUGUUCUGAGGGCCAUUCAUUUAGUAAUUCUGUUUUCUCCUUGCAUAGUGAUGGCUCCGUUUGCUGAUUGCCUUGGCAUUGAGUUCAGGAGGUCAUGGCUUCGCAUUGUCCGCCAAACAUUGGAAAAGGCUGGUCCAGCAUUUAUCAAAUGGGGCCAGUGGGCUGCAGCAAGGCCUGAUCUGUUCCCAAAUGAUCUAUGCAAUGAGCUUUCUGAACUUCACACUAAAGCACCAGCACAUAGCUUUGCAUAUACAAAAAGCACAGUAGAGAAGGCAUUCGGCCGCCGGCUGACUGAAAUUUUUGAUAAGUUUGAAGAGGAACCUGUGGCAUCUGGCAGUGUAGCUCAAGUUCAUCGAGCUACUUUGAGAUUCAGAUAUUCUCAACAGCACAUUAAGCCUAUGCUUGUUGCUGUAAAAGUCAGACAUCCUGGUGUUGGUGAAGCAAUCCGAAGAGAUUUUCUAUUAAUUAAUUUAUUUGCGAAAAUUUCAAAAUUCGUCCCUACAUUGAAGUGGUUAAGACUGGAUGAAAGCAUACAACAGUUUGCUGUUUUCAUGAUGUCUCAAGUCGAUCUUGCAAGGGAGGCAGCUAAUUUGAGUCGGUUUAUCUACAAUUUCCGCCACUGGAAAGAUGUCUCAUUUCCAAAACCUUUAUACCCUUUGGUACAUCCAGCUGUUCUGGUGGAAACUUAUGAGCAUGGAGAAAGUAUCCUGCAUUAUGUUGACAAGCUCGAAGGACAUGAACACAUUAAAACAGGACUUGCUCAUAUUGGAACUCAUGCUCUCCUAAAGAUGCUCUUGGUGGACAAUUUCAUUCAUGCAGACAUGCAUCCUGGAAACAUUCUUGUUAGAGAAUUACGGAGCAAAAGAUCAGGAAAAUCUCUGUUUAAGUCAAGGCCUCACGUCAUUUUCCUUGACGUAGGCAUGACGGCUGAACUUUCUAAGAAGGAUCGAGACAACCUAUUGGAGUUUUUCAAGGCUGUGGCACUUCGUGAUGGUCGCACUGCUGCUGAAUGCACUCUGAGAUUAUCUAGCAAACAGAACUGCCCAUAUCCAGAGGCAUUCAUCAAGGAAGUGGACAGUACUUUCAAGUAUUGGGGCUCAAAUGAAGGUGAUUUUGUUCACCCUGCUGAUUGCAUGCAACAAAUGCUUGAGCAUGUCAGGCGUCACAGAGUUAACAUUGAUGGCAAUAUUUGCACUGUGAUUGUAACCACCAUGGUGUUGGAGGGUUGGCAGCGGAAACUUGAUCCGGAGUAUGAUGUUAUGCAAACCUUGCAAGCAUUGCUUUUCAAAGUUGAUUGGGUGGAUUCUCUCUUCUACACAAUCGAAGGAGUCAUGGCCCCAUAAGGUGCCUCAUAUUCUUCAGUUUCUAUACAAAGAAAUAAGUUAGACAGAGGUACAGGAAAUACGAGAUUGCUGUCGUAAAUACUGAUAGAGGAAUCUUAGGGAAACAAAUAAAACUGUUUUCUUGAAUCAUGUUUUGUUUCACCAUUUCCUAUUCCAAGUGGGUUGGAAGAUCUGUUGUUCAAUUUGUGGAUGACGACGACGAUGCCUCAAACAAGUUAAUGGAACAGUUUAUGCUUACUGUUAAAAAAACUGACCUCACUC